AUGUCUAAUAUUCCAGAAAAUGUUAAAGGUGCAGUUGAUAUUGAUCCUUGGUUAGAACCUUAUGCUCAAGUUCUUUCUGAAAGGAGAUAUCUAGCUGAUAAAUGGCAAUAUGAUAUUCAACAUUCAACAAAUGAUGGUUCAAUUCAGAGUUUAUCAAAAUUUGCAAGAGAUUCUUAUAAAUCUUAUGGUUUACAUGCAAAUCCAACUACAAAAGAAAUUGUUUAUAAAGAAUGGGCACCAAAUGCAAAGAAAGCUUUUUUGGUUGGUGAAUUUAAUAAUUGGAAUCCAGAAUCUCAUGAAUUAAAUGAAAGGGAUGAAUUUGGUAAUUUUAAAAUUAUUAUUCCAAAGGAUCCAAUAACAAAUGAUUUUGCAAUUAAACAUGAUUCAAAAAUUAAAGUUAGAUUUGUUUUAAAUGAUGGUUCAGAUAUUUAUAGAUUGCCUGCAUGGAUUACGAGAACAACUCAACCAAAUAAAGAAACUCAAAAACAAUUUGGUCCAACUUAUGAAGGUAGAUUUUGGAAUCCAGAAAAUCAAUAUAUUUUUAAAAAUAAUAGACCAAAAUUUAAUUUAUCAAAUGAUUCAUUAAGAAUUUAUGAAGCUCAUAUUGGUAUUUCAUCACCUGAACCAAAAAUUGCAACUUAUAAAGAUUUUACUCAAAAUGUUUUACCAAGAAUUAAAUAUUUAGGUUAUGAUGCAAUUCAAUUAAUGGCAAUUAUGGAACAUGCUUAUUAUGCUUCAUUUGGUUAUCAAGUUACAAAUUUUUUUGCAAUUAGUUCUCGUUAUGGUACACCAGAAGAUUUAAAAGAAUUAAUUGAUACUGCACAUGGUAUGGGUAUCUUAGUAUUAUUAGAUGUUGUUCAUAGUCAUGCAUCAAAAAAUGUUGAAGAUGGUUUAAAUAAAUUUGAUGGUUCAGAUCAUCAAUAUUUCCAUUCAAUUUCAGGUGGUAGAGGUGAACAUCCUUUAUGGGAUUCAAGAUUAUUUAAUUAUGGUAGUUUUGAAGUUCAAAGAUUUCUUUUAGCAAAUUUAGCAUUUUACAUUGAUAUUUAUCAAUUUGAUGGUUUUAGAUUUGAUGGUGUUACUUCAAUGUUAUAUUUACAUCAUGGUGUUGGUGCAGGUGGUGCAUUUAGUGGUGAUUAUAAUGAAUAUUUAUCAAAGGAAAGAUCAGGUGUUGAUCAUGAAGCUUUAGCUUAUUUAAUGUUGGCUAAUGAUUUAGUUCAUGAAUUAUUACCUGAUCAAGCUGUUACAAUUGCAGAAGAUGUUUCAGGUUAUCCAACUCUUUGUUUACCACGUAAUAUUGGUGGUGCAGGUUUUGAUUAUAGAUUAGCAAUGGCUUUACCUGAUAUGUGGAUUAAAUUAUUAAAAGAGAAAAAAGAUGAAGAUUGGGAUAUGGGUUUCAUUGUUCAUACUUUAACUAAUAGAAGAUAUGCUGAAAAAGUUGUUGCUUAUGCAGAAUCUCAUGAUCAAGCUCUUGUUGGUGAUAAAACUUUAGCAUUUUGGUUAAUGGAUGCUGCUAUGUAUACAGAUAUGACAGUCUUAAAAGAAACAACUCCAAUUAUUGAUCGUGGUAUUGCUUUACAUAAAAUGAUUAGAUUGUUAACUCACUCGCUUGGUGGUGAAGCUUAUUUAAAUUUCGAAGGUAAUGAAUUUGGUCAUCCAGAAUGGUUAGAUUUCCCAAAUAUUAAUAAUAAUGAUUCUUAUCAUUAUGCUCGUAGACAAUUUAAUUUGAUUGAUGAUAAUUUAUUACGUUAUCAACAUUUAAAUGAUUUCGAUAGUGCUAUGCAACAUUGUGAAAUGAAACAUCAAUGGUUAAAUACUCCACAAGCUUAUGUUUCAUUAAAACAUGAAGUUGAUAAAGUUGUCGCAUUUGAACGUAAUGGUUUAUUAUUUAUCUUUAAUUUCCAUCCAACGAAUAGUUUCACUGAUUAUAGAAUUGGUGUAGAUCAAGCAGGUUCUUAUAAAAUUGUUUUAAAUACUGAUCGUGCUAAGUUUGGUGGUCAUGAUAGAAUUGAUGAAAAUUCAAAGUUUUUCACUACUGAUUUAGAAUGGAAUAAUAGAAGAAACUUCAUUCAAGUUUAUAUCCCAAGUAGAGUUGCUUUGGUUUUAGCUUUGGAUAAAUAA